AUGUAUUACCUGAAGCUGCCCGUGUUCCUUCUCGUGUUGCUGCCAUGUGUCGCCACCCUCCCUAGCAACAGGUACUUCACCUCAUCUAGGGAGCAAGAAAGCGCGCUCCCGGACAGAGAAGGCUGGCUCGUGCCCCGGAUCGUCUCCAACCACUACCUUGGCCUCAUUGGCGUGCGGCUCCAGAGAGGGCUCACACCUGUCAACAGCCACCACAUGGAGAAAAGGAAGUGCAACACGGCUACCUGUGUAACCCAGCGACUGGCCGACUUCCUGACCCGCUCCAGCAACACCAUUGGCACGGUGUACACCCCCACCAACGUAGGCUCCAGCACCUACGGGAAACGGGAUCUACUGCAGCCUCCCAGCUAUAUGCCUCUCUAGUGAUACAUGGGUUCAAAGCCCACUGAUGUAGGAUAUGCUCAGCUGAAAUGACCACACCACCAUGUAAACAACAAGGAUGGUUAUGUAUCAUUAACUUGAGUUUUUCUUUCUUUUAUGAACUUCAGAAAAAAACAGUGCCUUUUGGUAUAGAAUAAUAAUAAAGAAGUUUUUGUUACACAAAUCAGACUAGAGGCUGAUGAGAUACUAGUCUCUGUUCUGUGAGCCCGGCUGGUUCAACUCAACACUAACCCCACCACGGCAUGUGAAUUAAAAACAAGUCAAAAGUAAACGGGUGCAGAAGGCAUAUAAAAUACAAGUUUUGUCCUUCUG